AAAAAGGGAAAUGGCUGGUGGGUGACAGUCUGAGACCUCGCCGCCAAGCUGGGAACCGGAGAGAUGGCCGAGACUGACCCCAAGACCGUGCAGGACCUCACCUCGGUGGUGCAGACACUCCUGCAGCAGAUGCAAGAUAAAUUUCAGACCAUGUCCGACCAGAUCAUUGGAAGAAUUGAUGAUAUGAGUAGUCGCAUUGAUGAUCUGGAGAAAAACAUCGCAGACCUCAUGACACAGGCUGGGGUGGAAGAACUGGAAGGAGAAAACAAGAUACCUGCCACACAAAAGAGUUGAAGGUUGCUAAUUACCCUGAAAUCUGGAACACCAUUUUUCCAAGCCAAGAGAAGACUGAAUGGCUUUUUGCAACUAACUACUACUAAGUGUAGACAGGUUUUAUAUUAUAGUGCAUUCUUAUCACAUAUAAUAAGUUUUUAGAGUGAUUUUUCUCUCCAGUUUCUGGAACAUGGUAUCUUCACAUCUUGAAACUUGGUCAGUUGUGCUCUUAAUUAUUAAACACUAAAAUUUUGGCAGUUCCUGCAUAACAUUGUCAAACUUUUUAGUGUAUUUUUGUGAAGUCCUUUUUUCCUGCCAUUCUUUUGUAGUAGUUGCUGUUUGAUAAAAGUUGCUGUAUAAUUUUUUAUUAGAUAAGUAGUAAAUCCUUCAAUUAUUGUUGGACUUGGUGAAGUAAAACAUUUGUAGAGUUUGGAUUCUUUCAUUUUCAGCACAAAGUGACUGUUGUGCUAACACUAAAUAAUGUGUUGGCGAUACUUUCCAAAUGGCUAGAAGUUGUUUAUUCAGAAGUGUCUGUCACUACUUUGUUGCCAAAACUCCAUUGAACCACAACUUAUGACUAGUCUGUGAGAUCAGAUGCUAAAGUCAGUGAAAAGUAACCACUGCCACUGUACUGCGUUAGCAUUUUUAAAUACAGGAAAUACUCGAAUAGCCUGAUGUCAUGAGGCAUUCGUUAGAGUUUUGCAUGAGAUUCUAAUACUUCAGUAGGCCUCUAGUUGUUCAUCUACAAUGGUUACCACAAAAAAAAAAAAAGGGCAGGAUUUUAAACUCAAUUAUUCCAUCCUUUCUUU